CACAGGGUUUUGCAGUUCUGUUUUCUCUCUCGAUUUCAAAAGCUAAGCAGAAGGAAAAGACCUAAAGAAGCAACCCAAAACCCAGCAAGCACAAACAUGGCUUCCAUGAUGAUGAAAUUUGCAAGAUCGUCAUACAUUUCAUCUCCCUGGAGAAAGUCUUUACCUCUUGCGUUGUAUUCAAAAUCAUCUGCUGAAUCAUCUAAAGUGCUGAAAGAAGCAGAGACAAGAAUAGAGGGCGAGGAAGACUAUCCCGUUCCCACUUCAGGUAUAAGCAGGCCACUCUCGGAGAUUCUCAAGGAGCUCAACAAGAAAGUCCCGGACUCCCUCGUUAAGCUCCGUGUGGAAGAUGGGUUCACUUCCAAAUACAUAUCCUGGCAUAUAGUGAAUCGGAUUAUGAAUCUUCAUGCUCCAGAAUGGUCUGGUGAGGUUCGAAAUAUCACUUAUUCUGUUGAUGGAAAGUCUGUAUCUGUUGUCUAUCGUGUAACAAUCUAUGGGACUGAUGCUGAGAUAUAUAGGGAGUCAACAGGUACUGCUUCCGUGGAUGAACCUGGCUAUGGGGACCCUGUACAGAAGGCAGAAGCAAUGGCAUUUCGUCGAGCUUGUGCACGCUUUGGCCUGGGCCUUCAUCUUUAUCAUGAGGACCUGUUGUAACUUGGACAAACGAAAAACGAAAAAGGAAAGGAAUGUUGAGUAAUGAGUGUGAGAGCUGGCAGUGGGGCUCAAAAUACAGAAAAACAGCGUGUGAAUGUGACAAAGCCUGCGCUACAGGCAUUGUGUUCAUGACAUGACACAUUCUGCAUUUCUGCUUGCUCUAGACUCCUUUUCUCUUUUUUUUUUUUUUUCAAAAAAAAAAUUUCCCUUAA